ACCUGGUGAAGUUUGUAUUUGUGGAGAAUUGAUAAAUUGGGAGUUUACACCAAGUAUGUUCUUAGUUUUCGUGUUUAAAAUCUAGUACUGUAAAUUUAUAACGACUACAAUAAAAAUGGUACUUCCUAGAUCCCAAAUGUCAACCCGUUUAUCUACUUUAUUGCUUCUUUAUGGUAUCUUCACAAAAGAUGGCCGUGUUACAUCGGUAAAUGUGGCACCAGAAGUCAUUCAGAACCUUCCUGGAGAAAGGAAGUCCCAGAGGGAUUAUGCCUUUUUCGCCCUGAGGAGCUGCCACAGCAUAUUCCGUGAAGACCGCGGAGAGUUUUUCUCACCGGACCACCUGUGCUCGAACCCGCCUCUCUGGUGCAACUGGACUAUUUGGCUGGACGCUGGGAAGCGAGUUGUGCUGCACUUGCUGGACUUAACGCCUGCUUACUCCUGUGAGUUUAAAACGGACGAGAUCCACCUGGAGGAGUCCCCUGCCAGAGGGAGGCACCGCGUACUGGACACCUGUUGGCAGGAAGCCCGCCAUAUCUCCCAAGCCAACAUUCUCCACGUGGUUUUGCUUAUCCGAGGAAACCGGCGAUGGCCGUACAGGGGCUUUUAUGGGCAGUACCACGUGCUGGAGGAGGCCCUGACAGCAGAAGAUGCAGUGCUGCCGUCGGUUCCUGCCUCUCCUCGCGAGUCGCCCGUGGAAGAACAAUUUGUUUCGGCCACAGAUGGAGAAGAGCCAAGGGGAAUAAUAGAACUGGUGCGCACUGUUGCAGGUUCAGAGAUUUUCACAAUAUCUCGAGUGUCGGAUGAGGACAGAGUUGUUCAAGCGUCUCUGGGGCGAUGGGCGGAAACUACAACAACUGUCUCCUUAGAUGGGUAUCUUCAACCCUCUCUGUCAGAGUCUUAUACAAUAUUAUCUGCGACACAGACAACUCCUGUGGAAACUCUCUCUUUAACAGACAUGUUGGAUUCAACCAGUGACUGGGCCUGGAACUCCCUGAAAAACAAGAGCUUUGCAGAAUCUCUGCAGAAGAGUCAGCUGACACAGUUAAAGUGGGCCAGCUCUGAAGAAAGCCUAGAUGUUGACAGAACCUUUAUAAUAUGCAUCACAGCAACUCCUUUGUGGGGGCCAGUGAUGAGAGAACAACCCACCGUUUCUGGGAGAGAGGUCCAUCUCUCUGCGGAAGAACUGGAUUCGUUCAGUAGCACUAAAACAAAGCUGAUUACUCCUACAUUGUCUGUCAGCCAACAGGUCCCUUUUGUUGAGCACAGAUUUGUUUUACAAGAAACUGAAAGCAUCCCUUCGAGCAACCCGUGGUAUACUACUCCUGUCUCUUUGAAUGACGCAUCUCCAGAUAGCAAAGAUCAAGAACGCCUCAAUGUCCCAGAAUUUACUCCCCCUCUGGAAUUUGACCACGAAACAUCUCUAUAUGGCCAAACAUUUGAUAGAAAAUCUCAAACUGAAGAAAUGUCUAAAGAGUUUUGGGAAGAAAUUUCCGGCCACACGCCAACCAAGGUAUACAAUAGAGCCACAAGUCCACAGUUGAGUAAAAGCAGCAGCAUUUUUGAAGAGAAAAGAGACGGUUCCAGUAUCAACCACCCAAUAAGUGAACAUUCACAAACAGCAGCCACAAAAUUAGAUCACAAAUUCAAUGAAAACACAAGUGUUUCUAGGCACCACAGAAAUGUCACUCGGAUUUCUCAUUUUCCUGGAGAGUACUUGUAUGAAGUGUCUGUUGAAGUCCAGCUAAGCCGCAGGGGUAGUGGAAACCAGGAACAGCUGGUUAAGACUCUUCUGUCGUCACUUCAGAGAAUGAUCAAAGAAGAAUUUCGACCAUUUCGACCGCACCUUAAAUCCGUUUCUUCUAAACGAGUUAAAAGCUUGAAUGCAGGCUUCCUCUUUAUAUUGUGGCUGCAGUUCGGUUUUGGAGAGGAAAACAUCUCCAUGUUGCUUAAGUCUUUCCUGGAAAGACUCGUGGAUAGACCCGUGGCAGGCCUGGGGCCCGGCAGUGCUCGUGUGAUUUCAGUGUCGGCAGAAGAUGUCAAUGAGUGCAGGACGGAACUGGUCCUGUGUGAUAUCCAUGCCGACUGCUUCAAUGUCUUUGGCACGUACGCCUGCCGCUGUCAGAGGGGCUUUGAGGAUUUUUCUCGAAUUGGUUCUGGUGGAACGCUCUGCAUUGAUCCAGCAAAUGCCCACUCUAACUUUUCACCCACCCUUUUGAAAACCAUCUACGGGAUGGGAUUGCUCUUCACUGUGUUACUCUUGUUGCUGCUGGGCAUCGUGGCAGUGCUGUAUAGAAGACACCACAAGGGGGCGUUUGUUGUUCAGUGUCAGAGGAGCUCGCCUGCAGCGUCCCAGCAGAGCUUACAGACACCUGAAAGUCACUCGAAACAAAGAGAAGGCACCUGUCUGUCUGAAGAUGUGCCUCUCUUAAAAUUUAACCCCUUAGUGGUCCCUGAGAAAUUAAGCUUUGGAACCCGUAUGAUGAGAGAGGAGGGCGAAAGGUUUGUGGUACUUGAAUGUGCAAAACUGUGAGCAGCAUGUGGGAACAGGGCAUCUUCUUUUCCUAUUUCUUUAUACUUUUUUAUUAAAGAUAGUUCAGAUUAAGCCAAAUUUAAUUAUUUGCUAUUGUGCACAUUUUAUUAUUUGUUAUGCAUAUUUUGCUUCAAUGCAUAAUUUUGAAGACCCGAUUCUUCCCAAAGAAAGAGGUCAGAUCCUUGGUUGUACUUGUGUUCUGAACAUCAGUUUAAAGAUGUAAAAUAUGUACUGUAUGCUAGUUACAAGGAAAAAAAGCAUUUUGAAAUAAGAAUUGGAUUCUCCCCUGUGUAAUCUGCUCUUAUCACAGUUCACUUGGGUUUUUUGUUUGCUUGUAAAAUAAUUCCUUCUUUCUCCAAUUAUGAGAGUUUUUUUUACUGUUCCCUGACGCUUGUGGAGUGAUUCAUCUCAGUGUGACUGACUAAUAAAUGGUGUUGUUGAGGAGAAAUUUA